UGCUGGACGCAACAUCAGCAGUUGAGAAUCGAACGAGUUCGGUGAUGAACGUGCGCACGGAUAAAUUUUAGAUAUUUUGCUGUUUCAACUUUUCAGUUAAUCGAAAUGUUACGGAUAUAGUGAAAUAAUACGCCUGCACAUGAAAUGUGAUAUCAGCCGUAUCUUGUCAGAUGGGUGUUCAAGCUUAUCCCAAAAAUAUUUCAAUAUAUAUAUAUAUAUGCCCAGAUCUGAUAUUCAGUGAAAAUGGUCCACUAACAUAGUACAGUGGUUGCCAUAGAUACAAGAAAUUGUUUUAAUGUUCUGAAUUUGAAGUGUGUGAUCAAUGAACAUUUAAAGUUCGCGUUUAUUUCUUUAAUAUAUCGGAUUGGACGAGAACAUAAAGGAAUGUUAUUGUUUAAAAUUAAUAAAUUUUUCAAAACCAUUGCCGCUUUUUUACGCCCUGCACAUUUAGUUUUAGUUGAUGUCGAAUGAAUGGGAAGUCUUGCAACAUACUUAAUGAUAUUUAUCUCACUAUCGACCUAAAGGCAAUGAAAAUGCACCUGCUGUGGCUCAUCAGUAGUAUGGGAUUAUCGCUGUUACGCCUACAGCUCACCCAAUGCAAUGAUAUUGAAAAGUUGAGGAUUGGCAUAGCAGGAAACCAAAAUGAAAACAGCGUAGGGAAUAAUGGUCAAUUGAAUACCAAUUCUGGCAUAAAUAGGAACGAUCUUGCUUUAAUAAAUACUAAUAAUAGUAUGUUGGGGACAAUUUUAAGUGGAGGCGGAACUACAAACAAAGAUGUGAAUGAUGAUAAUAGUUUUGGUGAAACAAAUACGGGAGUUUCUGUUAACUUUGAAACAGGAUUAAGCGAUAAAGGAAGUAUAAAAGGUGAUAGUGAUUUUCCGCUAGCAGCAGUACCAGGACUAGGGCACAACACAGAUUUUAUUUCUACUGGUCAAUUUAGAGGACAUAAGCAAAUCAAACCUUAUGGUCAACAAUAUGGCCACGCAUUAGCUGGUUUGACGAAUUUGGGAAUUAUUAUACCAAAAAGCAAAGGAUCUAACCUUGAGGAUUUUGCUCGUAAUAGCGGAAGCCGUAAAAUGCAGACUAAAGUUGAUAGUGAAAUCAACUUAAUGGACUCAACAAAUAUAAGUGGAAGUAACGGGGGACAGAAUACGUACCUAGAGCGUUUUAUAUCUGAGCAUACUAUAAUGGCGGUAUUUACUUCACAAGGACAAGUCGGUGGUCCCUGUCUUUAUAUGCCUGCUACGAGGCGACAAAAUCACCAAUGUCGUAAAGAGUUUGGUCUUCCAAAUUCAAUAUUCGAAGCACGACGAUUAGCAACAUCACACUGUGAAAGUCAAUUCAGAUAUGAUCGAUGGAAUUGUUCAAUUGAAACCCGAGGCAAGCGUAACAUUUUUAAGAAAUUAUACAAAGAAACAGCUUUUGUACAUGCACUUACUGCAGCAGCUUUAACGCACACUAUUGCACGAUCGUGUGCAGAAGGUCGAAUGACUAAGUGUAUCUGUGGCCCGCGGAAACAAAAUAAAAUUGGUCAAGACUUUCAAUGGGGCGGAUGCAACGAUAAUUUGAAACACGGCAAAAGAGUGACUCGGAGUUUUCUUAAUUUGAGGGAUAGUGACGAUGACGAAGUUUCUGAGAUAUUGAGACAUGACUCAGAGGUUGGAAUUGAAGCAGUAUCCACCCUGAUGAUGGACAAAUGCAAAUGUCAUGGAGUUUCUGGUUCUUGUUCAAUGAAAACUUGUUGGAAGAAAUUAUCUGAGUUUAAUGCAACGGCAACAUUAUUGCGACAAAAAUAUAAUGAAGCUAUACGAAAGGCACCUAACUUGCGUACAAUACGACGUAACGCUCCCAUGCACCGAUUAAAAAGAUUGAAACAGAAAAGAAGAAAACAAUCACAAUACACGACGCUGUACUAUCUUGAAACGUCCCCUACAUAUUGCUCAGUCACAAAAGAUCGACAAUGUUUGCAUCCAGAUAACUGCGCAAAUCUGUGCUGCGGACGUGGAUACACAACUCAUGUUUUCAAGCAAGUAGAAAAAUGUCGCUGUCGAUUUAAUAACGGACGAUGUUGUCAACUCAUUUGCGAUUAUUGUCAACGAUUUGAAGAUAAAUAUUUUUGUAAAUAGAAUUUCUUUAAGUACUUAUUAUAAUUAUGUAUAUGAAUCUCAACCACAUAAUUAUAGGUCUGUUUUUUGUUGAGAUUUCAUAGGAACUUUAGUGCUUUAAGUUAUUAUUUUGGAAUUUCGGUAUAUGUACGUAUGUAUGUAGACAAGAGAUACCUAUUGCUGGCAUUAUCUUUAAAAAGAAUGAAAAAUUGUGUUUAAUUGAAACAUAAAACGAAAUAAUAUACCAACAUACAUAUGAAUAUGUAUAUGUAUGUAGAUAUGUAUUAAAAAUUGCAGACUAAUAUGUUUUUAAGUGAAUACAUAAAUAAACAGGCCUAUAAAUAUGUAGUUAGUAUUUAUAAUGAACCAGAAAUGGAUGCAUAUUGACUUUCUAAGUAGAGUUUAAUUCCAUGUGUAUUAUAUUGGUAAUAGGGAAGAUAUUCACAUAACAAACAAACAAAUUGUAAUUAAUAAAAUAUAUCAAUCAUAACCUUAACCUUAACCGUAUGGAGGCAGAUGAACAGUUUGAAAGUCAAUAACUACUCUUUAUUUCAAUUGGG